GCUCGGAACGCAGGAAAGAGAAGUCAAGAGACGCAGCCCGGUGCCGAAGGAGCAAGGAGUCGGAAGUAUUCUACGAGCUUGCUCAUCAGCUGCCCCUGCCCCACACUGUGAGCGCACACCUGGACAAGGCAUCCAUUAUGAGACUGACCAUCAGCUACUUGCGCAUGAGAAAGCUGCUAGAUGCUGGUGAGCUGGAGACAGAAGCCAAAAUGGAGAAGGAACUGAACUGUUUCUACUUGAAAGCCCUUGAUGGAUUUGUCAUGGUUCUGUCCGAAGAUGGGGACAUGAUUUACAUGUCUGAAAACGUGAACAAGUGUAUGGGACUCACUCAGUUUGAGUUGACGGGGCACAGUGUAUUUGAUUUCACUCAUCCGUGUGACCACGAAGAGCUGAGAGAAAUGCUUACACACAGAAAUGGUCCUGUGAAAAAGGGCAAAGAGCAAAACACGGAGCGCAGCUUUUUUCUCAGAAUGAAGUGUACGCUGACUAGCAGGGGAAGAACAGUGAAUAUAAAGUCUGCUACAUGGAAGGUACUGCACUGCACUGGACACAUUCGUGUAUAUGACACAUGUGGUAAUCAAACUCACUGUGGCUACAAAAAGCCUCCCAUGACGUGUCUGGUGUUGAUCUGUGAACCUAUUCCUCAUCCAUCAAACAUUGAGGUCCCCUUGGACAGUAAAACGUUCCUCAGUCGUCACAGUCUCGAUAUGAAAUUUUCCUAUUGUGAUGAAAGAAUUACAGAGUUGAUGGGGUAUGAGCCAGAGGAACUCCUGGGUCGCUCAAUCUAUGAGUACUAUCAUGCGCUGGAUUCUGAUCAUCUGACCAAAACACACCAUGAUAUGUUCACAAAAGGGCAGGUGACAACAGGACAGUACAGAAUGCUUGCUAAACAAGGUGGCUAUGUCUGGGUUGAAACUCAAGCAACUGUUAUAUACAACACUAAGAAUUCUCAGCCACAGUGUAUAGUGUGCGUAAACUAUGUGUUGAGUGGAAUUGUUCAGAAGGACUUGAUAUUUUCCCUUGGACAAACUGAGUGUAUGCUGAAACCAGUGGAGUCUCCUGAUAUGAAAAUGACCAAAAUAUUCAGCAAAGAUGACCUGGAUGAUACCAACAGCCUUUUUGAAAAACUUAAACAGGAACCAGAUGCUUUAACUGUGCUGGCCCCAGCUGCUGGAGACACAAUUAUCUCUCUAGAUUUCAGCAAUAAUGAGUCUGAUGAACAACAAUGUGAUGAAGUUCCUUUGUAUAACGAUGUAAUGCUCCCCUCAUCCAGUGAGAAAUUGCAGAAUAUAAAUAUGGCAAUGUCCCCACUACCUGCCUCUGAAACCACAAAGCCACUUCGUAGCAAUGCUGAUCCUGCACUCAAUAGAGAAGUUGUAUCAAAGCUGGAGCCAAACACAGAGCCACUCGAACUUUCUUUUACCAUGCCUCAGGUGCAAGAGCAACCAACCAGCCCUUCUGAUGCAAGUACCAGCCAAAGUUCACCUGAGCCCAGUAGUCCCAACGACUACUGCUUUGAUGUGGAUAAUGAUAUGGCUAAUGAAUUCAAACUGGAAUUAGUGGAGAAACUCUUUGCGAUAGAUACAGAAGCGAAAAAUCCAUUCUCUACUCAGGAAACUGAUUUAGAUUUGGAGAUGUUGGCUCCUUACAUCCCAAUGGAUGAUGACUUCCAGUUGCGAUCCUUUGAUCAGCUAUCUCCGCUGGAAAGCAGUUCUUCCGGCUCUCAAAAUGCAGCCACCAUUACUAUAUUUCAGCAGACUCAGACACCAUCAAGUACUGCUGAUGAAAUAAAACCGGUGGCAGAACGUGUGGAUGAUGUGAAGACGCUAAUUGUUCCUUCAUCUCCUGUCCACAUAAUCAGUGAAACGAGUAGUGCUCCAGCGUCGCCUUACGGUGGGAACAGGAGUCGAACUGCAUCUCCGAUCAGAGCAGGAAAAGGAACAUUGGAUCAGACGGAAAAAUCUUGUCCAGGAGUGCCCAGUUUGCUAACAGUCACUCUGAAUAAAAGGGGUCUUUAUUCCAGCAGACAGGUGACCGUGGAGGAAAUGCAUCACUUGCUUGGAAACGUGUAAAGGGAUGCAAAACAAAUGGCCAUAAUGGAGUGGAGCAAAAGACAAUCAUUCUACUAUCAACUGGUUAGUAGCUUCUUUCAGUAUAUAGAGGGGGCUGGAGGGGGGCUGUGUGAAAGAACUGAGUGACAAAAACAUAUCCAAUUUUACCUCCUUUAUGAACAAUUUUGGAGGAAAGGUUAAGCAUGGCGAAUAAAGUGCACUUUUUCUCCUUCCCCUCCCUAUUUAGACAUAGCAAGUAAACUUCUAGGGCAGUCGAUGGAUGAAAGUGGACUACCCCAACUCACAAGUUACGAUUGCGAAGUAAAUGCUCCCAUACAAGGCAACAGAA